GAACGACGGCAGGCUUCUUCUGACGAGGCCUCUCCAUGCCAGGAAUGGGAAUGGUGGCAACCGCUUGUGAUGAUUGCAAAAGCCACAGGAGGGGCGUGAUCUUUUUCUAGCAACCAAUCAGGGAGCUCUGUUCCUUUGAGGCGUCAUAAUCCUCGGAACCUGCCGCCGCCGCGACAACAAUAACAAUAACAUUCGAACGCCUCCUUCCUUCCUCGGGAGGCGAUCCGCCGGGGUGUGGACGUGGUCGGGGGUCCGCGCUAGCGUCAUCCGCCAGCUGCUCCUGUCAGCCGCCUUGGAGGAGAAGCGAAGCAGGGACGACACGAGCCGAGCCACUCCGGUGGGGUUCCAAAAUAGAAACGCUUCUUUUUCCCCGGAAGCGAUGUCAUCCAACGAGGCACCGGGCGUGCAAGAAGAGAAUCUGCAGGGUUCCUGGGUGGAACUCCACUUUAGCAGCAAUGGGAAUGGUAACGCUGCCCAACCUGCAAGCCAGGAACAGGUGCCGGCUUCUGUUUCGAUUUACAACGGUGAUAUGGAGAAAAUUCUUCUAGAUGCACAGCACGAAUCUGGGAGAAGCAGUUCACGAGAGAGCUCGCACUGUGACAGUCCUCCACGUUCCCAAACACCUCAAGACAUUCACAGAAUUUCUGAAGUAGAGAGCCGUGGCAGUGGAGAAAAGAAUAGCUCUCAGUCUGAAGAAGAUUUUCUAGAAAGAAGGAAGGAAGUGGAACGGCUCUUGAAGAAAAAUUCUGAUUGGAUGUGGGAUUGGUCCAGCAGGCCUGAGAACAUUCCACCCAAGGAAUUUCUCUUCAAACACCCAAAGCGCACAGCUACCCUCAGCAUGAGAAACACAAGUGUGAUGAAAAAAGGUGGCAUAUUUUCUGCAGAAUUUCUGAAGGUUUUCCUGCCAUCGCUGCUGCUCUCCCAUCUGCUUGCUAUUGGGCUUGGGAUCUAUAUCGGAAGACGUCUGACAACCACCGCUUCCAGUAGUACCUUGUAAGAGGUAAAAUGAAUCGGUCUCUUCUGCUAAACAGUGUCAACAUUCAUCCAGGCAUGCAAAAUGGUGGACAAAAGGAACUCCUAGGUGCGAAACAGCAACAUGGCUAUGUACGUUAUGUUCUCUAGAUGUUCUCCUUCUAGUUUAUUUUUAAUGGGGAAGGACAAAAACCGAAGCCCAACAGCACCUGUCUGUUAACCCCUUUUUUGCUCAAUUCAGCAUUGUGUAAGUUAGAUUGGGCCGGGGAACAUCUAGCCCUUGGACUGCAGAUCCCAAUAGCCCUUACUGGCAAGUGCCAAGGGUGAGAGGUGACAAGAGUUCCCUUGAAUGCAAAGGCCCACACAUUCUCUACCCUGUGUUUAGAUGGAGGUCUUUUUCUUUAAAACAAAACAAAACAAAUAUACACUGUAUGGUAAAAAAAAAUGUCCAUAAUGAAUGUUAAGUGGCAUGGCAUUAAUUUUGUAUGUUUCUGUCAGUUUCGUAAAUAUACAGGAUUGCUCUUGGUACCACUUUAUUGCAAAGGGGAGAAGAGUGGACCCAGAGUGUUGUGGCCUUACAUUUCUAUAAAGUCUGCAGUCUUUUUACUUGACGUGAAGUGACUUAGUAAAUUUACUGUAAGAUUUAAUCCUAAACACCCUCGAUACAAGUUUGUGUGUUUUAGUGUGGGAUUUUCCCCUUAAGUGUUUUCAGUGAAAGUUUAUAUGCAGCACAAGUGCUCACAAUAAUGUCAAAUAAGUGUGACUUUUGGUGCAGAUGAUUUAUACUAAAGCUAAAAUAAAGAUUACCCAGCUUUCCCUUCCUUCAACGUAACAUUGAGGGUGGAUAGGUACAAGAAAUCAGACCCAAAUUCUCUUUGAGCCAAGGACUUGCCAAGACAAGCGGACGGGAAACCUGUGGCUUUCUAGCUGCCAUCAGGCCACUGCUGCUGCAAAUUGCUGAACCCUUCAUAUGGGAGUUCAGUUUAGAAAAAUUGGGAGGACCACAAGUUCUCCACCCUUGCUAGAUGACAUGCUGAGAAACAGGGAAAGAACCAACCCUUGGUUUCCCCCAUGAUCGACAAGCACAGAUCUCUUGCCUUUGAACAUGGCAUGUUUCUGUAGGGAGCAGUCUUGGCAACCUAGCAAUUGAUAGACCCACCUGCCCUGAUUUCUUCUUGUCUCUUGGUUCUAGGACAGAUCUGAGCAAACCAGUUUUAAGCAUCCAAAAUUUUUAUGCAAGGACAAACCAGUUCUGAAAAUCACUUGUGGUAUACACAUCUUUACCACCGCGACAUUUGCAGCUGCAGGUUCUGCAAUGGUUUCAAAUCCUUUUCAAAAUAACUUCUAUUACAUAUAUUGUAACAACUCAGAGACUGGCCCAGAACCAGACAUUUACUUCUAAGUAACAUAAUUCUGUGGGAUUCACUUGUUAGAAUGUUCACACAAGAUUACAUAGUUAACUGUUGGGUACGUAAGGAAUGUAAUUUUUGCAACAUCUUUCUUACUACUUGUCACUUGAAUAAAAGUUUUUUUCAUCUGUGUGUUGCUGUGCAUUUACACGUAUGUUUUUUGUAAACUCUUCUACGGAGAACAUAUCUUGCUAUAUUUUGAAUAUGCAGCACUUGCCUGAUAAAGACCUAAGUAACAGGUAUGUGACUCUUCAGUUUAACUUCAUGAAAGUGCAGAAUCCCCCUGUAAACAUAAUUUUCCUACUAACUGUUAUGCAGUUUUAGACAUUUUUAAUGCUCUGAAGAAGUAACUUCAAGGUACUCAACCACUUUGUGAAACAUCUUGCAUAAAUUCUGUAAGAAAUUAGUACAGGUCACAGCAUUGAGAAUGUAACUGAACACAAUUUCAAUAUUCACUGUUAAGUGACCUGAAGUAACUGGUGUUUAAUUACAAAUAAUGGUGUUUUAUCUGGUUUCUAUCCUUGUUAGCACUGUGUACCUAGAGUAUUACUGUAAAAUUUAUUUCUUAUUGAUUUUAGGUUCCAGCAAGUAUAAUUUUUAAUGCUUGAGUGGCUCUGGAAUUAAUGUAGCUUUUACUACACUGCAUUUUGGCAGUUCUUACGUUGUUGUGUCAACAGUUUGCAUAAGUUAAAUAAGUAAUUAUUGAAUCAGCUAGGAGAGUCCCUUAGACUUCGAGCAAUUAGCUUGGCUUUAUCUUGCCAGUAACAAAACAGCUACUAAAUAUGUAAAGACUGCCAGACCUCCAUUUGUUCCUUUGUGAGUACAGGUGUUUCAGCUAGCACUCAGGGGCUUUCUUACCUUACUUAAGCCACCCAGGGCAUAAUAGACUACAGUUCCAAUCAUCCUUAUCCUUUAUGGCAAGGGGUUGAUGGUAAGUGUAGUCCAAAACCAUUUGGGGUUCUAAGGUCAGAAAAGGCUGUUUAAAGGA